AUGGCACUUGUUUAUACACCUUUAGCAGUAAUAGCAAUAGUUUUCUUUUCUCCUGUUAUAUUACCAGUACUGUUUUUGGGGGGGUUAUGUUAUGACUUUCUCAAAUCAGAACUGCCACCUGGGAUUGAUCAGCCCCUAAAGCUUCGUUUCUUCCAUUCAUUGCUGAUAACAACCAUGGUUGCGGGAACGAUUUUGCAGAAACUAGGAAUCUGCAGUGACUUGAGCUUACUGCGAUUUGUGUUAGACGGAAUACCACCAUGGAGAGAUUCAAAACUCCUUAUCAAAGAUCUCAAAGUAGAUGAGGUACCUUUGAGGAUUUAUCAGCCGAAACGGCCACCUACUGCAAAAAGAAGAGGAAUACUGUAUUUCCAUGGAGGCGCUGGCACAUUUGGGAGCAUUAGAGCUUUUGAAAGAAUAUGCCGCUACAUUGCCAGAGAAUGCAACUCAGUGGUUGUGUCUGUUGGUUAUCGUUUGGCUCCUGAACACGCAUAUCCAGGGCAGUAUUUUGAUUGUCUCAAUGCUACCUUAUACUUUAUGAGGAAUUUCGAAGAGUAUCAUGUGGAUCCUACCCUCAUCAUCAUUAGUGGUGACAGCUGUGGAGCUAAUUUUGCUACAGUUAUUUGCCAAAUACUAGUGAAUAAAAGAGAUCUUCCAAAAGUUCGUGCUCAGGUCUUACUUUAUCCAGGACUCCAGGGGCUAGAUUUUCAUUUGCCUUCGUAUCAGCAGAAUGCUUCAGUGCCCAUUUUGUCUCGGAAUCUAGUCAUCUACUUUUGUUUUCGCUAUCUUAACAAAAAGCCAUCAUUUUUGGAAGAUAUCCUACAGAACUGCCAUGUUCCUGAGAGUAUGAAACUGAAGUUUAAGAAAUGGGUAAGCGCAGAUAAUAUUCCUGAUGAAUUUAAGAUCAGAGGCUACAAACCACAGACAUCCACUUCAUAUAAACCCGAAGUUCAUGAAGCCAUCAAAGAACUGCUAGCAAUAACAUUUUCCCCGCUUCUGGCUGAAGACUCUGUUAUCUGCCAGCUGCCUGAAUCUUACAUUGUGACCUGCGAAUUUGACGUGCUCAGGGAUGACGGACUGUUAUACAAGAAGCGACUAGAGGACAACGGUGUCCAAGUAACCUGGUAUCAUUCUGAGAGAGGUUUCCAUGGAAUUUUAGCCUUUUUUGGCUAUGGGAUUUUUUCAUUUUUAUCUGGAAAAAGGAUAAUGGACAAUAUUGUGAAUUAUAUAAACAGGUUAUAA